AAAUCUCUACGUACACACACACAGGUCACCAGUCACCACACCACACUCCCCCAGAUCGGCUUCCGUUGCGAGACGGACCGCCCCCCGCUUUAUUUCCGCCACCACCGACGCCGCGCCGGCGAAGGAGCCCCUCGCCAGAUCGGAUCCCUCCGCCGCGACGCAACAUGGCGGCUCUGCUGAUGCGCAGGCUCGCCGGGACCUACCGCGGCCGCGCGCCGCUGGCCGCCGCCGCCGUUGGCGGGGCCGCGUUCUUCUACGCCUCGUCGAACCCCACCGUCGCGCACAUGGAGGAGAAGGGGGAGGACGCCGCUGCCAAAGUUGCUCUUAACCCUGAGAAAUGGUUAGAAUUCAAGCUCCAGGAGAAGGCAACAGUUAGUCAUGAUUCAGAGCUAUUCAGAUUUUCGUUUGACCCAUCUACUAAGCUGGGCCUGGAUGUUGCCUCAUGUCUCGUAACAAGGGCCCCCAUAGGUCAGGAAGUGGAGGGAAAAAGAAAAUACGUUAUUCGCCCGUACACACCUAUCUCUGACCCAGAUUCUAAAGGAUAUUUCGACCUAUUAAUCAAGGUUUAUCCCGAAGGGAAAAUGUCUCAGCAUUUUGCUAAUUUGAAGCCAGGAGAUGUUCUCGAAGUCAAAGGGCCCAUUGAAAAGCUCAGAUAUAGCCCAAAUAUGAAAAGACAAAUUGGCAUGGUUGCUGGUGGUACUGGCAUAACGCCAAUGCUGCAAGUUGUUAGGGCCAUCCUGAAAAACCCCGAUGACAACACUCAGGUUUCCUUGAUCUACGCCAAUGUGUCACCAGAUGAUAUCUUGCUGAAAAAGGAGUUAGAUAGACUUGCCAGCAGCUAUCCUAAUUUCAAGGUAUUUUAUACAGUCGAUAAACCAUCAAGUGACUGGAGGGGUGGUGCUGGCUACAUAUCAAAGGACAUGGUUUUGAAAGGUUUGCCAGGCCCAGGGGAGGAUUCUCUUAUUCUUGUUUGUGGUCCUCCUGGAAUGAUGAAUCACAUAUCUGGAGAUAAGGCAAAGGAUUAUUCACAGGGCGAGGUCACGGGCCUUCUCAAAGAUUUAGGAUACACGGCAGAUAUGGUAUACAAAUUUUGAGUCGAUCACGGAAACGUAGGGGACCCUGACAUGCCCGCUGCCUGCCAUGGCAGUAAAAUAAACCGCAGCUGAACCUUUUUUUCUUGUCGCGCCACGGCAAUUAGUGCCAAACUCAGAACAGUAUGGUGCAUCAUUUUGUAAGAAUUUCGGUUCGGUUCCGUUUUGUCAUCUGUGCGCGCUGCAUGGACACCUGAAUAACCUGACGCCGCCUGGUUGGCGGUGUUGUUUUAACCGGGCCGUUCUCUCUACGAUACUGGAAUGAAUGAGGUAACAGUUUGAUAC